UCUUUUACGGUCAAGGUGCUCUUGGUUGCCGAAAGUAAUGGCGAACGCGGUUCUGGAGGUGGAGGUACCAUUGGCGGCGUCGUCGUUGCCAGCUCAUGUCUAUGUUGUGGCGCUUCUCCUCCUGCUCGUUGUGAUCUUGUAUGAUUUUCUCGAGUUCCAUUUCCUUAGAGAUUUGUUUCGUGGAUUCCGGGGAGAUUGUGUGAAGCUCACGUUCGAUUCCAGUUCCAAGAUAUAUGAUAAUGUCGUCUCCAAGUGUUGGGUUCUCCAGGGAAGGUACUUGGCUACGCCGUGGCUUUCGAGUCCCCAUUUCCAGAUCGCCUUUCUCAGUUUAUACGGGAGGCCUCCUGUCUUUACUUACAGAAGGCAGCUAUUCUCUGUAUCUGAUGGUGGGACAAUUGCUUUGGAUUGGCUGCUUGCUUCUGAUGUUGCAGGUGGUUCUUUGGACAAUGACAUUAUAAUCUCUAAAGAUGAGAGUACUCCAAUUGUUAUUGUGGUGCCUGGUCUAACCAGUGAUUCUUCUUCUGCUUAUGUAAAGCAUAUAGCUUACAAGAUGGCAAAACAUGGUUGGAAUGUUGUUGUUGAAAACCAUCGUGGGCUUGGUGGUGUGUCCAUAACUUCUGAUUGUUUUUACAAUGCCGGUUGGACAGAAGAUGUACGAGAGGUUGUCAACCAUCUUCAUCAGAAAUACUCUAUGGCUCCUCUCUUUGCUGUCGGAACAAGCAUUGGCGCCAAUAUUCUGGUCAAGUAUCUUGGAGAAGAAGGGGAAAAAACUCCACUUACAGGGGCUGCAUCUAUUUGUUCUCCAUGGGAUCUUGUGGUUUGUUUAUGUCCUCUUUUAAUCUUCCCAGUUUGGUUUGUACAUUCAGUGUGUGAUAGAUUCAUUAAUCGCAAACUUGUCCAGCGGAUCUAUGAUAGAGCUCUUGCGAUUGGCCUCAAAGGAUAUGCACAAUUACAUCGGCCUGUCUUGACACGUCUUGCCAACUGGGAUGGCAUCAGAAUGUCACGCUCAGUUCGAGACUUUGACCAUCAUGCCACACGCCUAGUUGGAAAAUUUGAGACUGUGGAUACAUACUACCGUCGUUGUAGUAGUGUUAGCUAUGUGCGGAACGUAUCAGUUCCACUGCUCUGCAUCAGUGCUUUGGAUGAUCCAUUAUGUACCAAGGAAGCGAUUCCCUGGGAUGAGUGCAGGGCAAACAAGCAUAUUGUUUUGGCAACAACAGCCCAUGGAGGUCAUCUUGCAUAUUUUGAAGGGAUAGCUGCAAGCAGCUUAUGGUGGGUUAGAGCUGUCCAUGAGUUUCUUUAUGUUCUCCAUUCUAGCCCGUACAUGCACGGACAAAAGAUAGAAAACCACGAUCUAAAUUCCCCACUGGAUUCAUCCAUUGAUAAAGGCCCAUAUAUAAAUUUAAUGGAAAAUGGAUUAAUCACGGCAGUGAUAAGUGAUGUGUCAGACAAUGAAGACAUAUCUGAUGCAAAUGAUGAGCAGAGACAAAUUGAAGCACGAGCUGAUAAUAAGGCUAUUGUUACCACAGACGAUCAGGAGCAUUGUGCUCCAAUAAACACAGCCUUGGAUACUCCAUUAUUAUCUUCGUCUUCUGGUCAGAAGGAAGACGAGGAUGCAGAUGCCAUUACUUUCAAAGAUGCCUCUACCGCAGCGGUAAAGAGAUGCCUGAAGCAGCUUUCAAGGCGAAGUCAAAGGUCAAUAUGGUUACUCGCGUACAUAGCCGUCGUCUCUUCUUGGCCCCUGGUUGGCUCCGCCCUUCUCCUGGUAUUCAGAAACAAACUGAAGGGGCUUUUUUCUGGGUCAGUUCGAGGAAGAUGAUUGUUAUCGAAAGAAGACGGACCUAGGUGCUGUCUAACAGGUUGUUCCUCCUUUCACAAAAUGAAUAUAGAAUAACAUGUAUUUCGACUGGGGCAUAGGUUAUUUACUUCUUCCGGAUGAAAUCAUAUCCUAUAAAAAAGCUGCACCGUUGAGAUAUUCAAUUGCUAUGUAUUGGAUCUAAUAUAACUAUCGAUAAAGCUGGUUUCGAAUUUGAUAUUAAGAAAGUUGCUUUUGUAGAGCGACUGCUGUAAAAGUACUCUUAUUUGGAAAA